GGUCAUCAUAUUUUAUUACGGCUCCGACCAUUAUGACUCCAGUCAUCAUUUUUUAUCAUGGCUCCGGCCACCAUGACUUCGGUCAUCAUCUCUUACUAUGGCUUCGGCCACAUUGACUCCGGUCAUUAUUUUUACCAUGGCUACGGCCACGAUCGCUCUGGUCACACUCUCUUCUUAUCGCAUACGGUUAUUUUGAGUAUUGUCGGAGGUGGCAACAAGAGAAAGGUGACUGCUGAACGUCCAGAAUUCACCGAAGGAGAUUGUGCAUUUUCCAAGUUUCUGUUGUCGUACGUAAAUUGCUGGAACUGAGAGGAUUCGAGAGGGGUGGUGAAGGUGAUGAACAAAGCUUGAUCCCGUGGGUGGGAUCCCUCUGUUUGGAUCUUGAUCCGUUCCUUUCCUGAAUUCUUCGCUGUAGAUUUUAUACUUUCUUCCUUUGAUGUUUUGUGUUGUUUAGUGAUUGAAAUGCUGAAAUUUAUGUGUAUCUGUUGAGAAAUAAAUGGUAGAUUUACUAGUAUGAAAUGAAUAUUUGCUGGGUUU